GUCAGUCUCGAGAUCAGCGAUAGAAUGAAGGCAAUCUGCGCUUUAGUGAUCCUCGCCCUGCUGGCCGCAGCCUUUGCAGCUCCAGCUCCAGCUCCUUCCCCUGGCAACGAGCCCACCGUGUCCGUGCUUCGCUACAGCAACGACCAGGACCUGGAGAACAUCCAGCGGGCGAUCAUUGCGCAGUACGAAAGGAUCGGGGGACGCUCGGAGGUGCACGCCCCGCAGGUGGCCCGGGUCGUUGACCUGCGGAGCCUUGGAGUAAACGUGUAAUGCUCUCCGAAAAUAAAUCGUUGAUUUUGAGAACCCAAAA